GCGCGCUGCCCCGGCGGCAGGUAUAAAGGGAAGCCGGCGGGCAGCGCGCGGCACCGCGACUCGGCGGCGCGCACGGGCCUCCCGCACCGCACCGCACCGCACCGCACCGCACCGCACCGCACCGCACCGCACCGCACCGCACCGCACCGCACCGCACCGCGGGUCCGCACGCCGAGAAGAAUCAUGGUCAUGCUGAAGAUUUCAUCCUUCCUUGCUGUCUAUGCCUUGGUCAUGUGCCAGAUGGACAGCUUCCAGGCAGCCCCCGUCAGACCUGGCUUAGAGUCUGUAACAGAUCGAGUGAUGCUAAGUGAUUAUGAAGCUCGCAGAUUAUUAAAUGCACUGGUGAAAGAGUUCAUACAGAUGACAGCAGAAGAGCUGGAGCAAGCCUCUGAGGGGAAUAGCAGUGUGACAGCACAGAAGAGGGCAUGCAACACAGCAACCUGCGUAACCCAUCGCCUGGCGGACUUCCUGAGCCGGUCGGGAGGAGUAGGCAAGAACAACUUCGUACCGACCAACGUGGGGUCCAAGGCCUUUGGCAGGCGAAGGAGGAGCGUUCAAAUAUAAACAGCUGAAUGCUAACACAAAGAUGAUUGUCAUGAAACUGAAAAUCCAGCUUUCAUUUCUAACAAAAGCAACUCUUCUCCAUAAAUCAAGAUGGCCAAAAAGAAGAUUAAUUUUGCAUCCUAAUAUUGAAAAUGUUUUGUUUAAUACAAAUGAAACCUCUUCUGUUAUGUACAGUACAAGAGAUUCUAGUUAUUCAAGUUAAAUUAUUGUAUAUUCUUUUUAUAUGCAAUCCUAUUUCAAAUAAAAUGUGACAGCAUCUAUUAUUUAUUUAUCUUCUAGCAUAUAUGUGAUUCAUGCUAUUUAUCCUGGCACUACUGCCAAAACUCGGGGAUUAUACUAAAUUGCUGCCUGACAAGGCAUAUGUGUAUAAUAUGGUGUGCUGUGCCUUGAUGUAAAACACUUACCUAACCUGACUGUAAAGUAUGUUUAAAAAAAACAACAAAAAACCCCCUUCAAUAUUGUAUCACUUGUGAA